AUGGCGGAGGAAGGGGCUGUAGCUGUCUGCGUGAGGGUCCGGCCACUCAACAGCAGAGAAGAAUCUCUUGGAGAAGAUACUCAAGUUUACUGGAAAACUGACAAGAAUACUAUUUAUCAAGUUGAUGGAAGUAAAUCCUUCAAUUUCGAUCGUGUCUUUCAUAGCAAUGAAACUACUAAAAAUGUAUAUGAAGAAAUAGCAGUACCAAUCAUAGAGUCUGCCAUACAAGGCUACAAUGGGACUAUAUUUGCCUAUGGGCAGACUGCUUCAGGAAAAACAUACACUAUGAUGGGUUCACAAGAUUACUUGGGUGUAAUACCCAGGGCAAUUCAUGACAUUUUCAAAAAAAUUAAGGAGUUUCCUGAUAGAGAAUUUCUUUUACGUGUUUCUUACAUGGAAAUAUACAAUGAAACCAUUACAGAUUUACUCUGUGACACUAGAAAAAUGAAACCUUUAAUAAUUCGAGAAGACUUCAAUAGGAAUGUAUAUGUUUCUGAUCUCACAGAAGAAGUGGUUUAUACAUCAGAAAUGGCUUUGAAGUGGAUCACAAAGGGAGAAAAAAACAGACAUUAUGGAAUAACGAAAAUGAAUCAAAGAAGCAGCCGUUCUCACACCAUAUUUAGAAUGAUUUUGGAAAGUAGAGAGAAGGGUGAACCUUCUAAUUGUGAAGGAUCUGUCAAGGUGUCCCAUUUGAAUUUGGUUGAUCUUGCUGGCAGUGAAAGAGCUGCUCAAACAGGAGCUGAAGGUGUGCGACUCAAAGAAGGAUGUAAUAUAAAUCGAAGCCUAUUUAUUUUGGGGCAAGUGAUCAAGAAACUUAGUGAUGGACAAGUUGGUGGCUUCAUAAAUUAUCGAGAUAGCAAAUUAACACGAAUUCUCCAGAAUUCCUUGGGAGGAAAUGCGAAAACACGUAUUAUCUGCACGGUUACUCCAGUGUCCUUUGAUGAAACCCUUACUACUCUGCAGUUUGCCAGCACUGCUAAAUAUAUGAAGAAUACUCCUUAUGUUAAUGAGGUGUCAAGUGAUGAAGCUCUCCUGAAAAGAUAUAGAAAAGAAAUAAUGGAUCUUAAAAAACAAUUAGAGGAGGUUUCUUUAGAGACCCGGGCCCAGGCAAUGGAGAAAGACCAACUGGCCCAACUUUUGGAAGAAAAAGACUUACUUCAAAAAGUACAGAUUGAGAAAAUUCAGAAUUUAACACAGAUGCUGGUGACCUCUUCUUCCCUUACAUCACAACAGGAAUUAAAGGCUAAAAAGAAGCGAAGAGUGACUUGGUGCCUCGGCAAAAUCAACAAAAUGAAAGAUUCAAACUAUGUAAAUGAAUUUAAUAUGAAAACAAAUAUAACAACAAAACCCCACAAAGCUGCUGUAUCUUUGCUAGGAGAAAUUGAUGAAUCUCUCUGUUCAGAGGCUGAUGUUUUCAGUAACACUCUUGAUACAGUAACUGACGUAGAGUGGAAUCCAGCAACAAAGCUACUAAGUCCGGAAACCUUAGAAUGUGAGUUAAACUCACUUCGUGCUAACUAUGAUAGUCUGAUAUUAGACUAUGAACAAUUAAGAAGAGAACAUGAAGAAAUGGAAUUGAAAUUAAAAGAAAAGAAUGAUUUGGAUGAAUUUGAGGCUCUAGAAAAAAAAACUAAAAAAGAUCAAGAGGCUGAACUAAGUUCAAAAGAAGAGCUGCUUAGAGAAAAGGAAGACCAGAUUAAGAAGCUACAGAAAUACAUAGACUCACAGAAGUCAGAAAAUAUAAAAAUGGACUUGUCCUGUUCAGCGGAAAACACUGAAGACCUUAAACGAAUGAAACAGACUCUGUUUGAUGCUGAAACUCUAACUCUUGAUGCCAAGAGAGAAUCAGCUUUUCUUAGAAGUGAAAACCAAGAGCUGAAAGAGAAAAUGAAUGAACUUACAAAUACAUGCAAGCAAAUGGAAAAUGAUAUUAAGGUAUUUCAAAGCCAAUUGAAGACAAAAAAGAAAAUGCAAGUUGAUCUAGAGAAAGAAUUACAAUCUGCUUUUAAUGAAAUAACAAAACUGACUUCCCUUGUGGAUGGCAAAGUUUCAAAAGAUAUACUCUGUAACUUAGAAUUGGAAAGAAGGACUACUGAUCUCCAGAAAGAACUGAAUAAAAAGACUGAGGAAAAUGCAGUUUUGCGUAAAGAAGUUAAUUUGCUCUCAGAAUUGAAGUCUUCAUCCCUUGAAGUAGACAUGCUGAGGAAAGAGAUACAUGAUAAAUCUGAAGAGCUCAAUCUACUAAAAUCAGGAAAAGAUGAACUUCUUUCUGAAGUAGCUGAUAAGGAAAGAAUAAUUCAAGAUUUACUUGAAGAAAUUAGGAAAACUAAAGAUGACCUGGCAACUACCCAGUUGAAUUAUAAAAUCAUUGAUCAAGAAUUCCAAGAUUUUAAAAACCAGCAAAUGGACUUUGAGGAAAAGUAUAAGAUGGCCCUUGAGGAGAAUGUGGGAAUGAAUCAGGAAUUAGGAACUCUCUCUAAAGAAGUGCAAAAACUUGGUUUGAGUUUGGAGGAUGUGAAGAAAGAGCUUUGUCACAAAUCCCAGGAACUUCAACAGAAAACUGCUGAGGGUCAAGAAAGGUUAAAUGAAAUGGAAGUGCUGAAGGAAGAAUUAGAAAAUAGAGAUGCUAGGCUGCAAACUGUAGAAAAGGAGAAAACAGUGAUUACUGAGAAGCUUCAACGAACCUUAGAAGAAGUAAAAACCAUAGCCCAAGAAAAAGAGGACCUCAAACAACUGCAAGAGAGCCUCCAAAUUGAGAGAGACCAACUCAAAAGUGAUAUUCAGGACACUGUAAACAUGAACAUAGACACACAAGAACAAUUAAGAAAUGCUCUUGAAUCUUUGAAACAACACCAAGGAACGAUUAAUGUGCUAAAAAUGAAAAUUUCUGAAGGAACUUAUAGCAAUUUGCAUAUAGAGGAAAACAUAGGAGAAACUGUGAAUGAAAUUCAGGAAAAGAUGAUCAACAUAGACAAAAAACAGAAUUUAGAAACCAAAGAAACCCAACUACUGAUUGCAGAUAUUGGGGAUAAUGAGUCAAUAGAGCAACAGAGGAAGAUACUUUCUUUAAUACAGGAGAAAAAUGAACUCCAACAAAUGUUAAAGAGUAUUAUAGCAGAAAAGGAACAAUUGAAGAUUGACCUCAAGGAAAAUAUUGAAAUGACUAUUGAAAACCAGGAAGAACUGAGAAUUCUUGGACAUGAACUUAAAAAGCAACAAGAGAUAGUGGCAGAAGAAAAGAGCCAAGUCAUUAAGAAAGAGGAAGAGCUUUCAAAGACCUGUGAGAGAUUGGUGGAAGUUGAAGAAUAUCUAAAAGAAAAGAAUGAACAACUGCAAGAAAAACAGCAACAACUUCUUACUGUAAGAAAAGAGAUGAGUGAACUACAGACAAAGAUAAACGAAAUGGAGAAUUUAAAGAAUGAACUAAAGAGCAAAGAAUUAACACUGGAACAUAUAGAAAUGGAGAAACUUGAGUUGACUCAGAAACUUCAUGAAAAUAAUGAAGAAAUUAAGUCUAUAACCAAAGAAAGAAAUGAUCUAAAGAAAUUACAAGAGUCAUUUGAAAUGGAGAGAGAGCAACUUAAAGGAUACAUAAGAGAAAUUGAAGCUACAGGCCUAGAAACAAAAGAAGAAUUAAAAAUUGUUCACAUGAAUCUAAAAGAAUACCAUAAAACUAUAGAUGAACUAAGAAGAAAUGUUUCUGAAAAGACAGCUCAAAUAAUAAAUAUUCAGAAGGACGUAGAAAAAAAAUCCAGUGCUGAAUUAAAAGGAAAGAUCCCAGCAUUUCAUGUGGAACAACAGCCUCUUCCUAAUGUGAAAGAAGUCAGUGAGAUUCAGGAAACAACAGAUGAACUGGACAAAGCCAAGGAUUCCACACGUCCAAGCACAGAAAUUGAAAGGCACAGAUUAAUUGUAGAACUUCAGGAAAGUCAAGAAGAAAUAAAAUCUGUAACUAAGGAGAAAGACAAUCUUAAAACAAUAAAUGAGACACUUCAAGUUGAGUGUGAGCAGCUGAAAGAGGACAUAAGAGUAACUUUAGCUAAAAUCCAAGAGGCUCAAGACAAACAAGAACAAUCCUACAACAUGAAUGAAAAAGACAAUGAAAUUAAGAAAUUACUAAGUGAGAUGGAGCAAUUGAAGGAGCACUUUGAAGCCAAAGAUUCCACACUACUACGAGUAGAAAUGGAAAAGCUGAAGUUAUCUGAAAAACUUCAAGAAAGUCAAGAUGAAAUGAAGUCUAUAGCUAAAGAGAGAGACGACCUAAAGAGUCUCCAAGAAAUUCUUCAGUCUGAAAGUGACCAACUCAAAAAAAACGUGGAAGAACUCAUCACUAAACAACUGGAAACUGAAGAGGAACUUAAAGUUGCUCAUAUUCAACUGAAAGAACAGAAGGAAGCUAUUAAUAAGCUGAGAGUGAAUGUUUCAGAGAGAGAAACUGAACUGUCAAGCAUUCAAAAGGAGUUAGAAACAACGAAUGGUGAAUUACAGAAAAAGAUCCAAGAGCUUCAUGAGAAACAGGAACAACUUCUUCAUGUAAAAGAAAUUAGUGAGACUCAGGAAACUAUGAAUGAACUAGAGCAAAGCAGGGAGCUUCUAAAAGCCAAAGAAUCAACACUACAAAGUGUAGAAACUGAGAAUCUCAAACUGACUGAAAGACUUCAGGAAAGUCAAGAAGAAAUUAAAAUGAUAAUUAAGGAAAGAGAUGAACUGAAAAGGGUACAGGAGGCCAUUCAAAUGGAGAGAGACCAACUCAAGGAAAACAUUAGUGAACUUGUAGCUAACAUCCAAGAGCUUCAAGAGAAAGAACAUCAACUUGUUAAGGUAAAAACUGAUCUCAAGGAAAAUAUAUACAAAAUAGAACAACUGAAGAAGCAAACAGAGACCCAGAAUUCAAUUCUGGAAAGUGUAGAAAUGGAGAAGUUAAAGUUGUCCCAGAAAGUUCAUGAAACCCUUGAAGAAAUAAGAUCUAUAACUAAGGAAAGAGAUGACCUAAGAAGAGAGGAGAAGGUGCUCAGAAUGGAAAGGGACCAGCUCAGGGAAAACCUCCAAGAAACAGAAGCUAAAAGAAGACAGGAAAGGAAAACCCUACAACUUCCCAGCAGCAACAAAAGUGUAGAGUCGAAAGUAAAAGUUUUAUUAUUUUUACAAAGAGAAUGUACCACUUCCAUGAAAAAUACUACUAAUUACCAUCAAGAUAAAAAAGAGAUGAAUAAUAGUUUUAUUUAUGUCACUGUUCUUAAAAUUUCUCUAAUAAUAAAGGAUCUAGAAAAACAAGAGGAACUACAAAUUGCUCACAUGCAUCUGAAAGAGAACCAAAAAAAUAUUGAUAAACUCAGAGGGAUUGUUUCUGAGAAAGCAGAUGAAAUCUCAAAUCUACAGAUAGAUUUAGAAAAUUCAAAUGCUAAACUCCAAGAAAAGAUCCAAGAACUUAAGGCAAAUGAGCACCAACUUCUUAAGUUAAAAGAAGAUGUCAGUGAGACACAGAAAAAAAUGUGUGAAAUAGAACGAUUAAAGAAACAACUAAAGGCCCAAAGUUUAACUCUCAAUAAAAUAGAAAUGGAGAAUUUAAAUUUGGCUCAGAAACUUCAUGAAAACCUUGAAGAAAAGAAAUCUGUAAUGAAAGAAAGAGAUGAUCUAAAGAGAGUGGAAGAAGCUCUCAAACUGGAGAGAGACCAGCUCAAGAAAAACCUACAGGAAGCCAUAACUAGGGAUCUGGCAACACAACAGGAACUAAAAAUGGCUCGUACGUAUUUAAAAGAACACCAGGAAACUAUUGAUAAAUUCAAGGAGAAAACUGUAGAAAAGACAGCUGAAACUUCAAAUACUCAGAAGGAUUUAAAUAAAUCUAAAGAUGAAUUACAGAAAAAGCAGGACCAACACAGCCACAAAGAAGUAGUACAAUCUGAAAAAAGUUCACUAUGUGAUGGAAAACAGCACCUUACAGAAAGUCUCAGAGAAAAGUGCUUUAGGAUAAAAGAGCUUCUAAAGAAGUACUCAGAGAUGGAUAAUAUUUAUGAAUGCUUGAAUAUAUUCUCUCUUGAUUUGGAAAAGGAAAUUGAAACCCAAAAAGAGCUUUCAAUUAGAAUAAAAGCAAAACUCUCACUUCCGAAUUCACAAACCAAACAAAUGCAAAAACUUCUCAGUGUAAACCAAAGAUGUUCCACAGAAUUCUACAGAGUCAUGGAGAAACUUAAGUAUGUGCUAAGCCAUGUUACAAAGAUAAAGGAAGAACACCAUGAAUCCAUCAAUAAAUUUGAAAUGGAGUUUAUUGAUGAAGUGGAAAAGCAAAAUGAACUGCUAAUGAAAAUACAGCACCUUCAACAAGAUUAUGACAUACCAUCCAAUGAAUUAAGGGACCUCAAAUUGAACCAGAAUAUGGAUCUACAUAUUGAGGAAAUUCUCAAAGAUUUGUCAGAAAGUGGCUUCUUCAGCAUAAAGACUGAAUUUCAGCAAGUAGUGGAUAAGAGGAAAGAAAUGACCCAGUUUUUGGAAGAGUGGUUGAAUACUCAUUUUGAUAUAGAAAAGCUUAAAAAUGGCAUCCAGAAAGAAAAUGAUAAGAUUUGUCAAGUGAAUAACUUCUAUAAUAACAGAAUAAUUGCCAUAAUGAAUGAAUCUACUGACUUUGAGGAAAGAAGUUCUGCCAUUUCCAAAGAAUGGGAAAAUGACUUGAAAUCAAUGAAAGAGAAAAGUGAAAAAAUACUUAAAUGCUACCAAACAUUGAAGGCCUCUUUGACAUCUGGUGCUGUUGUUAAUUCUACUACAAAAGAUGAUAAGAAUCUUCAUGUUACAUCAAAAACUACACAACUAACCACAGAGAAAAUUCAAGAUCUAGAAACUUCACUACGUGAAGCUGAAGAAAGUGCUAAGCAUAAGGAAGGCAUGAUUAUAAAGAUGCAGAAAGAACUUCAGAAGACUAAUGGCAUGAUAAUAAAGCUUCAAGCAAAAGUUAAUGAAUCAAAUAAAUGCCUUGAAAAAGCAAAAGAAAUUAUCCAAGCACUCCAGGAUAAAAUUGCUUUAGGAGCUGAGCCCUAUAAAGAAGAAAUUGAAGACCUCAAAACAAAGCUGGUGAAAAUAGACCUAGAGAAGAUGAAAAAUGCCAAGGAGUUUGAAAAGGAAAUCACUUUUACAAAAGCUACUGUUGAAUAUCAAAAAGAAGUUAUAAGGCUCUUAAAAGAAAAUCUUAGAAAAAACCAACAGGCCCAGGAAACUUCAAUGAUAUCAGAAAAUGUUGAUUCUCAGCCAUUAAAUAAAGCCAUAACCUGUGGAGGUGGCAGCGGGAUUGUACAAAGCACAAAAGUUCUAAUUUUGAAAAGUGAACAUAUGAAACUAGAAAGUGAAGUUUCUAAGUUAAAGCAGAAAAAUGAACAGCUAAUAAAGCAACAGAAUGAGCUGUUAAGCAACAAUCGUCGUCUUUCUAAAGAAAUCAAAGCGUGGAAGGAUAGAACAUUUAAAAGAGAAGCUCAUAAAGAAGUUAUUUGUGAGAAUUCCCCAAAGUCUCCUAAAGUGACUGGAACACCUUCUAAAUAUAGACAAAAUACGCCUUCACAACGUAAGGAAGAGAAUUUACAAGAUCCUAUCCCAAAGGAGUCGCCAAACUCUUGGUUUUUUGAUAGCCGAUCAAAGUCUUUUCCAACAGCUCAUCCAGUUCGCUAUUUUGAUAACUCAAGUUUAGGCCUUUGCCCAGAGGAACACACAGUGGGAGCAGAAAAUGUGGACCCUCAGUCUGGUUCUUGGCACACCUCUUCCGGAAAAGAUGUGCCUGAAUGCAAAACCCAGUAA